AUGGGUAUUUCAAGAGAAAACUGUGACCACAGCUCAAGCUCUCAGUGCAAAGAAUGCUCGAAUGAUAGGUCUUACGAGCGUAAAGGCUCAGAGAUGAGAGACAAGACUAAGGAUACGACUAACGAGGCUAUGGGAAGAACUGGAGAUGCUGCCAGCAGGACCAAGGACCAAACAAAGGAUAAGGCAUCCGAAUGGGGAAAUAAGACUAAGGAUACGACUAACGAGGCUAUGGGAAGAACUGGAGAUGCUGCCAGCAGGGCCAAGGAUCAAACAAAGGGCAAGGCAUCCGAAUUGGGAGAUAGAGCAAAGGAAAAAACAGGUGAGACUAAGGAGGAGGCAAAGAAUAAGACGUCCGAAAUAGGAGACAGAGCAAAGGAAAAGGCAGGAAAUUUCAAGAGCAGCAUAGACAACAAGGACAAGAAUGAGGUAUAUGAGGACAUCAAGGAUAAGGGAAAUAAGGCAUGGAAUAAAACAAAGGAAGUUGCUAGUAGUAUGAAGGAUGGAAUCAAGGACCUCACCAAUAACGAUGAGCAAAAGAAGUGA